AUGAGUGGUACCGUCAGAGAGAAGAUAUGUUUCUUGGCGAUAUCGAUUCUCUGUUCUUUCUCCUUCAUCCCAGUGAGAUCACUAAACGAAGAAGGACGCGUUCUUCUGGAGUUUAAAGCUUUCCUUAACGACUCCAAUGGCUACCUCAAAAGCUGGAAUCUUUCAGAUUCAGAUCCCUGCAACUGGACCGGAAUCGCAUGCACACAUCUCAGAACCGUAACUUCUGUCGAUCUCAGUAAGAUGAAUCUAUCAGGUACUCUGUCUCCUCUCAUAUGCAAGCUUCAUGGUUUAACGAAACUGAACGUCUCCACCAACUUCAUCUCCGGUCCAAUCCCUAGAGAUUUAUCUCUCUGUCGAAGCCUAGAGGUUCUUGCUCUCUGCACAAACCGGUUCCAUGGAGUGAUUCCUAUUCAGCUUACCAUGAUCACCACUCUUCAGAAGCUUUACCUUUGCGAGAAUUAUCUCUUCGGCUCAAUCCCUAGAUUUAUGGGUAGCUUGAGUUAUCUCCAAGAGCUUGUCAUCUACAGCAACAAUCUCACAGGUGUGAUCCCUUCUUCCAUAGGGCAACUGAGACAGCUCAGGAUCAUUAGGGCAGGACGGAACGCUUUCUCCGGUGUGAUUCCGUCUGAAAUCAGCGGAUGCGUGAGCCUUAAGGUACUUGGGUUAGCAGAGAAUCUUCUUGAAGGCUCUCUCCCAAAACAGCUUGAGAAGCUUAGAAACCUCACCGAUUUGAUACUCUGGCAAAACCGUUUGUCCGGAGAGAUACCUUCUUCAGUAGGUAACAUCACCAGUCUCGAGGUGCUUGCGCUGCACGAAAACUACUUCACUGGAUUGAUUCCAAGAGAGAUCGGAAACCUAGCAAAGAUGAAAAGGCUGUACCUUUACACGAACCAGUUAACCGGAGAGAUACCUCAAGAAAUCGGAAACUUGACAGAUGCAAUGGAGAUAGACUUUUCAGAAAACCAGUUAACCGGUUUCAUCCCUAGAGAGUUUGGUCAGAUUCUUAACCUAAAAUUACUUCAUCUCUUUGAGAACAAUCUCCAAGGUCCAAUACCUAGAGAGCUUGGUGAAUUGGCAAUGCUGCAGAAGCUAGACUUGUCUAUCAAUAGACUAACCGGUACCAUACCAAGAGAGCUUCAGUUCUUGACUUACCUUGUAGACUUGCAGCUCUUUGACAACCAUCUUGAAGGGACAAUCCCUCCUCUCAUCGGUUGCUACAGCAACUUCUCUGCUCUUGACAUGUCUGCAAAUUACCUCUCUGGCUCAGUUCCUUCUCACUUGUGCAGAUUCCAGAAGCUGAUGCUUCUGAGUCUUGGCUCAAACAAGUUAUCAGGAAACAUCCCUGACGAUCUCAAAACUUGCAAGUCUCUUACAAAGCUAAUGUUAGGAGAUAACAAGCUAACAGGAAGCCUUCCAUUUGAGUUAUUCAAUCUUCAGAACCUCUCUGCUUUAGAGCUUCACCAAAACAUGUUAUCAGGGAACAUAUCCGCUGAUCUUGGCAAGCUCAAGAAUUUAGAAAGACUUCGUCUAGCUAACAACAAUUUCACCGGUGAGAUCCCUCGUGAGAUUGGGAAUCUCACAAAGAUUGUUGGCUUCAACAUCUCCUCCAAUCAGCUCACAGGUCACAUUCCUAAAGAGUUGGGGAGUUGUGUCACUAUCCAGAGGCUUGACCUUAGUGGCAACAAGUUCUCCGGGAACAUAGCUCAAGAGCUUGGUCAGUUGGUGAAUCUAGAGAUCUUGAAGCUGUCUGAUAACAGGUUAACCGGAGAGAUUCCACAUAGCUUUGGAGAUCUUACUAGGCUCAUGGAGUUACAACUAGGAGGCAAUCUCUUGUCUGAAACCAUCCCUGUGGAGCUUGGUAAGUUAACUUCUCUGCAAAUCUCUCUCAACAUGAGUCACAACAAUCUCUCCGGCAAGAUUCCAGACAGUUUAGGAAACCUUCAAAUGUUGGAGAUACUUUACCUCAACGACAACAAGCUCUCAGGUGAGAUCCCUGCAUCGAUUGGAAACCUCAUGAGCCUCCUCAUCUGCAACAUCUCAAACAACAACUUAGCAGGAACAGUACCAGACACACCAGUCUUCCAGCGGAUGGAUUCAUCUAACUUCGCCGGAAACCACAAUCUGUGUAACCCUCAGAGAAGCCACUGCGAGUCACUUGUCCCACGUUCUGAUUCAAAGCUGAGUUGGUUCAAGAACGGUUCACAGAGGCAAAAGAUCUUCACAAUCGCUUGUAUAGUGAUCGGCUCUGUUUCUCUCCUCACUCUUCUUGCUAUCUGUUGGGCGAUGAAGCGAAGAAAGACAGAGUUUGUUACUCUUGAGGAUGAGACAAAACCAGAUGUCAUGGACAGCUACUACUUCCCUAAAGAAGGUUUCACAUAUCAGGGACUUGUGGAUGCAACUAGAAACUUCUCUGAAGACAUGGUUUUAGGGAAAGGAGCUUGUGGAACAGUAUACAAGGCUGAAAUGUCAGACGGUGAAGUGAUAGCCGUCAAGAAGCUGAACUCUCGCGGCGAAGGAGCUAGCUCUGAUAAUAGCUUCAGAGCUGAGAUAUCAACGCUUGGGAAGAUCAGGCACAGGAAUAUAGUGAAGCUGUAUGGUUUCUGCUAUCACCAGAACUCGAAUCUUCUCUUGUAUGAGUACAUGUCAAAGGGAAGUCUCGGAGAACAGCUUCAGCGAGGUGAGAAAACUUGCUUGUUGGAUUGGAAUGCAAGGUAUAGAAUCGCUCUCGGUGCUGCAGAGGGUCUUUGUUACCUCCAUCAUGAUUGCAGACCUCAGAUAGUUCACCGUGAUAUCAAAUCCAACAACAUUCUUCUUGAUGAGCUCUUCCAAGCUCACGUGGGAGAUUUUGGACUAGCUAAGUUGAUUGAUCUUUCUUACUCAAAGUCCAUGUCAGCUGUUGCUGGCUCUUACGGCUACAUCGCUCCAGAAUAUGCUUACACGAUGAAGGUGACAGAGAAAUGUGACAUAUAUAGCUUUGGAGUUGUGCUUUUGGAGCUGAUAACAGGGAAGCCUCCUGUGCAACCGUUGGAGCAAGGAGGGGAUUUAGUGACUUGGGUUAGAAGAUCAAUACGUAACAUGGUUCCAAGCAUUGAAAUGUUUGAUGUGAGGCUUGAUACGAGUGAUAAGAGAACGGUUCAUGAGAUGUCACUUGUUCUAAAGAUUGCUUUGUUCUGCACAAGCAACUCUCCAGCUAGUAGACCAACCAUGAGAGAAGUUGUGGCUAUGAUCUUCGAAGCUCGGGAAUCAACUAGUCUCUCUUCCUCUUCCAUUACUUCAGAAACUCCUCUUGAAGUAGAUAACUCCUCCAAAGAAAUCGACUUUGUUGCAUCACCUUGA